AGUGUGCCCGCGCAUUGCCGUCGCUUAUAAAAGCCAAAUAAGAAACAAGUAGCAGCAGUAACAGCGAAUGAAAAUUACAAAAUCGCCGAGUGUUCGCUACGACAACAACUACAACAACCAUCAACGCCAUCAAUUUGGAGCUUAAUAUUCUACUUAAUUGUGCGCUAGUUGCUAAGACUAGGCUUGAUGUCGUCUUCUUUGAAGCCUAAGGUGUUUGUUUUAAAGUGCGCCAUAAACUAAAAGCAGCAGCAGCAGCAAACGGCCCACCCAAAACGCCUACAGCGAACACCAACAACAACAAUAGAUAGAUAGCUAGACGACAGUCUCGGCCAGUGAGCAUUGGGAGAAAUCACACAAACGGGCAACGAGCCAACGACAACGAGCUUGUGACAAUAAAAAGCGUUGCCACAUUUCACCCACAAACGUCAAUUAAAUUUAAAACGUUAUCUUUACGGCGCUACAGCCACAGCAACAACAAGAAGGAGAACAACAACAACAACAGCAGCAGCAGCAGCGAUAGCGUGUCACCAUUACGCUUUGAGUACCGUUAACUAUUGCGCUCAUUGCACUCUUACACCAACAACGAUAGCAGCAGCACCCACACCCACUCUCACAGCCGUGAGAAAGCUCAUAAACACACUCAAAAAGUGACAAUUGCAAUCACACACACACACACACAUACGCUCACUGAGUGCAAGAGCGCACAUUAGAGCGAGUGAAAGAGAGCGCGCGCCAAGUGAGGUUGGAGUGAGAGAGCGCCACACACGCACACCUUGUCAGCACCUUUAUACGAGUACUCGUAUAUAUAUACAUAUACAUACACCCCAGGUUUUCACCCAGUACUGAGAGGCACGGCACGUAGGUAAAAAAUCGUCUGUCAAAAUGUUUGCUGUAAUGCGAAUCGACAACGAUGACUGCCGGUCGGAUUUCCGUCGCAAGAUGCGUCCAAAGUGUGAGUUCAUUUGCAAGUAUUGCCAGCGGCGUUUCACCAAGCCAUACAAUCUGAUGAUCCACGAGCGCACGCACAAAUCCCCCGAGAUAACAUAUUCCUGCGAGGUGUGCGGUAAAUACUUCAAGCAACGUGAUAAUCUGCGUCAGCACAGAUGUAGUCAGUGUGUUUGGCGAUAAGCUAAAAAAAACAAAAAAAAUAUCAUAAAUACAAUAAAUAAAAGCACAGUAAAACGAAAAACACACAGAAAUAUAAGCACCGCAGCACCAACAGCACGCUCAGCAACUAAGCAAAAAUAUGAAAACAGCAACUACAAUAAUAAUAAUAAUAAUAAAGAACUUUGAAUAUUAAAUGGGACUAGAGCAGAAAAAAAGACACACAUCCGCCUACGCCUUCCUCACCUGCACCCAUAAACAUAGGUCUAUGAGAAUGCAAUUGAAAAUGCUUACAUCUAGAUGCAAUCUAAAUGAGUUUGAUAAGCGGCAAUUGCUACAGCAAUAACAACAACAAUAGCAACAACAACAAAAAGCACGGAAAAUGAUAAAAGGAUGCAUCGAGCAUGCUUUAGAAAUGUGAAAUGGUCAGCAAAUUAUUAUUUUGGUGCUGGUAUUCAAAUUUUUUGCUUAUUUUUUUUGGCUACUUUAUUUGGUUGUUUGGUUAUAAAACAUGCACAUAAAAAACUGCACGCCCACAAAAUGCACCACGCCCACCAACAGCACUAGUACCACCACCACCACAACCACCAGCACCACCACCAGCACAAACUGCAACAACAGACAACAAAUAUAUGUAGCUAUGAAUGCACCAGCAUGCGAAUGAAAUGUUGCGUAGAAAUGCGCAGGCGCAGCAACAGCAACAAACAGUAGCAGUAGCAGCAGCAGCAACAACAACAACAACUACAACAACAACAGCAACAACAACAAAAAUAUUUACAAUGAUUUUUCGCAGAAACAUACAUAUGGACACUUGUGGGCGUGCAUAUGCCAAAUAAAUAUUAGCCUGAAUAUCCAUCCCAGCAACAUGUCGAAGUUCAAACAAACAGCAACAUGUGCCGGCAACAUGCACCAGCAACAUGUCUACGGAGCAAGCAGCGCAGCCUGUGUUGUGAGGAAAGCGCAAUUAAGCCAAAGCUUUUUGCGCUUUCCGCGUUCCAAGCAACAACAACAACAUCAUCAAUAGCGGUGCUGCUCCAACAACAACAACAACAACAACAACAACACUUACUUUAAAUACACAACAACAAAUGCUGUGCGUGCCAACAGCAACAGCAAUCAAUCAAUCAAUCAACAUCCACCACUUGAAAUCAGCUGCAAUCCUCUUGCCUUAACAACUUUUCGCUCCUCUCGCUACUUUAUUAAUUAAUAAUAAAAUUAAUUAAAAUUUAAUAAUAAUAAAAUAUCUAAAUAAUAAGUAUUUUUAUUUUAAAAAAUCAAACAACAAAA